AUGUUUGCAGCUUUAAAGUAUCUCUCAACAGAUUAUUUAUAUGAGAGCACGGCAAGGCAGAAGUUUUCCAUCUGGAGAUUGUCACUUUGCUUUCCUCCCUGUUUACAUCAAGAUGAAAAGUAUCAUCUCACUGGACUCUUUGCUGAUGACAAGUAUAGGAAGCCAUGGACUAGAAUUACUUCAACACAGAACAUGAUCGGUAUUUCAGUAUUGGAUCAAUGGAAGAAAAGUUUAUCCGUGGAGGAUUUCCUUGAAAAGAAACCUAUCGCCUCUGUAGAGUUCUGUAUUAGUAAUGAAUUAAUAGAAGUUAUUCCAAGUUCAAAUCCCUGCUCUCAGACUGACACAGAAGGACCUCUUUUACUUACAAAAAAUGUUUUUAAGGAAGAAUCCACACAAGACAAAUAUUUGAAGACUGACUAUGCCACUGAAUUUAAAGAACAAUGGCAAGAUUUAUAUAUAGAAGAGGAACUUGUUUUUAUUGAUAAUCUUGAAAAUUUUCGUAAAAACCUGCCUACUUCAUCUAUACUUCUGAGUAGGCUACAGUUUUUUUUAGUGAAAGAUCCUCUUUUAGGUUCUGAAGGACAGAAUUUGACAGAAGAGAACAUUUUCAGGGAAUGUUUGACUUUCCAAAAUGAAGUGGAGAUGCAAGAGAGUAAAAAAGAAUUGCAGGGGAUUAAAGAGAACUUCUGUACCAUAUCUGUAAAAGAUGAAGAGUAUUUCAUCUUGCCUGUUGAGUUAGAAUUCUGCAAACCCAGCAAUAGCAGAUCAGAUUCUGUUAAGAUUCCAUCAUACUUGGAACUGAAAGAGUUGUUAAAUUUAGCUCCAGAAACUAUGGCUGAUGAAGACAUGUGCAAAGAGAUGAUCAAAGAAGAUCUCAAAGCAGAAAUUACAUACAAAAUAGAAAUUUCCAAGUACUAUCCCAUACCACAAGAGGCUUGCUCCAGUGAUAGUAGAAGUAUGUUGGAAUUCUGUGAGUCAGCUAAAUAUGUUCCAUAUCUGAAAGACAAAAUGGAAGUACCUUUAAGUCCUCCAUGCAGACAACAAAGAUCAUGGGUUAAUUUUCUGUGCACAGGACUUCAAGAACCUAUUCCUCUUUCUGAUAACAGUAUUUUGAUUACAGAGCCCUCUAGGGAAUACUUAGUAUCUUCGGUGUGGCAAUCAGAGAAGUAUCAGGAUAGUAUGAACUCUCUUUUGUUGGUCGCGCCUCAGACUGUUAAACUUGCUUAUCAGCGUCAUUCGCUUACAGAACUGAAGGAAGUGCUACAAGUUGAGGUAGAAGCACCAAUGCUUAGCUCACUAGAGGAGGGCUGGUGGCUUCAUUUGGGUUUAAAUCCAGUCUCCAUAGAAACUUUGGAGCAAUUAAACAUGGAUGCCAGUAAUGCAAACAGUUUGCUUCCUACAGAAGUAGAAACGUUCACACAAUUUACCUCGUAUCAGUUAGAAGGAUGGCUUAAAGAGAAGAAUUCUUUGACAAACCAGGAUAUGCUUUCUGCUGAAAAACAUCAGUCAGACAAAGUAAUUAAUCUUUACAUGUCACCACAGUCUCAAAGUCAGUACUUUGCCCUGCAUAUGAGUCCUGCAUCAUCUGCCAAAAUUCACAAUAAAAAUACAUCUGUGGAAGAGCUUACUGGAGGAAGCAUAAAAGAGAAUAAGGUAGAAGAGGCAAUUUAUUUCUUAAACCAAGAAGAGAAAACCCCCAAAUCAUCUGAAUCAACCAGCUGUAAAGAUGUGUCUUCUAAACAAGACAACUCAUCCAGUCGUCAAAAAUCUGCAUCAUUUGCACUUGCUACAAAAUGGUACAACGAUGAUUCUGAUCUGAGCAACUUUAUCAUGCUGAGAUCUAAAUGUACACUCAUCCAAAGAGAGGAAAAAAAUUAUGUAGGUAGUCCUGAAAAAGUUCUACAACAUGAAGAACAGCAUAUGCAUGUUCACAAAGAGGACAGUUCUGUUUGUGAGACUGUGAGAAAAAAGGAAAAAGAACAAGAGAGUGAGGACAGUGUCACAGUCAAUAUUCAAGCAUCAGAAAGCCAAUGCCAGGCAUACUGCCUCUUGGAAGAAGCAGCCACUCCUGUUCUAAAAGAUUUGACAGAUCUGGGUGUACUUGCUUCUGUAAACUGGAGCUUUGACAGCGUUAAACGUGAUCAUACAAGGUUUUUCUUAAAACAGCAAGAGAAAGUGAUAAGUGAUGUUUUUAAAGAAGGUAAAAUAGAUGAGAAGGAGAACAUGCUGUUCAGACAUGCUGCUCUGGUGCACCUGCUGGUGACAGUUCGAGAUCUUCUAUUAACAUGUGGCUUGGACACAGCACUAGGUUAUUUGUCCGAGGCAAAGGAUAUCUAUAAAAACAUCUUGGAAUCCUGUUUGAAUAAUAUAUGGAGGCAGCUGAAGAUUGUACAGUACAGCAGCCAGAAAAAGCAUGAAACAAAUCCAAAAAUAACAGAGCUUCAGUGUCAAAUGUUAAAUUGGAUGCAAAGUUGUGGAGAGAAACACAGUGUUAAGAUACUAGUCAUAAUAAGGAUGGACUCUGAGAGAGAAAAAACUGCCCUCAUUCACACUUUAUCUGGAGUAGAAGGUUUAAAAGCUAUGGAUUUGGAUUCUGAGAAAAAAGGAACCAUUUUAGGUUAUAAAGAUAUUAUAAGCAACCUUAGUAGAUAUUCCUGUGCUAUUGUGCAUAAUCAGCAAAUUGGAGCUGACUUCCCUUGGACACACUUCUCAUUAGUAAUGGAAUACGAUUAUUCUGAAAACUCUUGCUGGAAAAAUAUGUGCAAAAAUCUGAACGUUACUUACAUGACUUUUAAAACCAUCCUCCCUGAAACAAUACACAUGAGGAAUCACUCUGGUUCCUUUCUUCUGGAGGUACAGAUUCCAUAUGUAUUUCUGACAACUGAAGAUCUUCUUAAUAUGCCAGAUAUUCUUCAGCUUUUGGAAUCCAAGUACAGCAUUGCCUUUGUUGAAAGAAGCAGUAGUUACUCGUUAAGGCUCUUUGGAAGUACAAAUCGAUAUGUUGUGUUAACAAUAGAUGAAUGUACUGCUAUCUUUUUACAGAGUAUGGAAGAACUGAAUUAUGAGAAAUCCUGUGACAAUGUAUUAUCGAAGCUGAUGGCAUUAUCGCUCCAAUAUACAUGCUGUUGGAUUGUUUUCUAUUCCAGAGAAAAACUGAGUUUAGAGUACAGUCUCAGGGGAGAUACUCUGCUUAACCUUGUCUUAAUUUAUGCCACUCUAAUUGAACUUACACGGAAGUCAGAAGACUUUGAAGUGAAGGUAGUUCUUAUGCCAGGGAUUGAAGAGACAGCACUGGUAAUUCGUCAGAUUGCUGACAACAGUUUCACAGCAUCUAAUAUCAAUCCUCAUGAGUGGUUGGACAAAUCCUGGCUUUCUGUCUUGCCAUCUGAGACAGAGAAAUGCCUGCUUACUUUUCCAUGUAUCAACCCUCUGGUUGCUCAGUUUAUGUUGAAGAAGGGAUCUUCGCUGAACAGGUUGUUUCUUGCAAGCUUUGAUCAACUUCAGGAACUUCUGCCAGAGGUUCCAAAAAAAGUUUUAAAGCAUUUUAGUGACAUGACAUAUUCAUACAGCCUAAAUGCUGCUGCUCCACUAGAAACAGCAGUGAAAGGUGCAUCACCCCCAGAAAACUGGAGUAGCUUCAACACAUUCUAUCCAGAUUAUAAACAAAGUCAUCCGUCUUUAGAGCUGCUUGGAACAUCUCACAUGGAUUCUGAAGCCAUAAUUCCUCCAUUGAAUCAUCAUCAGGAUUUGUUUGACUCUGAUCUUCCAAGCCAUACAGAAAAGAAAUCAUGUUCUUCAGAAGUAAUUACAGGGAGGAAGCAGCAUUUCUUUGCUGUGCCAAAGGACUGUAAAGAUUUUGCUAAUCUAGAUGUUAUGAAUUCUCUUCGUGUUCAAAGACAGCCUUUCAGGACACACUAUAUCCCUGAUCAUUUUUCCAAAAACUCUGAAAAUGAGGAUUUCUUUGUAACUUUCAGUGACUAUGCACCUCGGGAGAGCUAUAAGAGUUUUCUAGAAGAAUUUAGAAACACAAAAGUUAAGAGCCCAGAAAUUCUGAUUGACCAGACCCCAUGGAAUGACUGUUCAUCCAGGGGCCCAUGUGAUUCAUUUGCAUCUGGUAGUUUUCGCUCUCAUUUCUUUGUUGACCCAGAUGAGCUUCAAAGUGUGAAUUUUCACCAAAUAGGUAGAGAAUCUGGAAGAAAGAGAAAACAAAGUCCACCAUUCUUAGGGACAAAAAAAAAAAAUUUUCCAGAUCCACGAUUUGCAGAACCACCAAAGUUCAAAAAAAGGAGAUUGACAUAUGAAAGAGUCCCUGGAAGAAGAGAUGGACAAACACGACUUAAAUUAUUUUGAAUGGAAUGGGGAUUUGCAUACUACACAUACUUUUUUUGAAUUAUUAAACUCCUUGAAGGGAAAUAGAUUAAUUUUUUUGUUGUUGUUCAUUUUUAGAGAGAAAUUAGGGUUUGGGAAUCCUUACUAAUUCAGGAUUCUUUUGUAUGUUUUAAAAAUUUCACUAAAC